ACACACACACACACACACACUCUGUGGCAAACACACGCGCCCUGAAGCGCACACACAGACUCGCUCUGCCGGACCCGGGAGGAGAGAGCUCCUGUUUAUUCGCCUCCAACUUCUGUCUUCGCUUGUGACUUGUGUCUCUCUGUCUCUUCUUCUCCACCAAUGCGAGGAUUGUAUGACUGUUGUCACUGUUAUUAUUCCGAACUAAGGAGAAGCAGUGUAAGGACCAUCCGGGAUGUAAAAUAACCCGCACGACUGAGCAAAACAAGAAGAAAAAGAAAGGGGGGGGGAAAAUGGAUAAACGGAGUUAUUCUCUCGGUUUGUCUACAGCUUUCCUCUACUUUGUACUUUUGGGAUUUACUGCUGGACAAUUCUUUCCAGGUGGCUGUACAUUUGAGGAGUCGUACAGCAGCUGUGGGUACAGCGUUUCUCUCGGAACCAAUGGAUUUACCUGGGAACAAGUCAACUCCUGGGAAAAACCCACCAUGGACCCUGCUCUGCCUACUGGUUCGUUCAUGGUGGUGAACGCGUCGGGCCGGGCGUCGGGGCAGAAGGCUCACCUUUACAUGCCCACCCUGAAGGAGAAUGACACCCACUGCAUCGACUUCCUGUACUCCCUGUCCAGCCGGGACGGAGCCAGCCCUGGCACGCUCAACGUCUACAUCAAGGUGAAUGGAGGCGCUCAGGGUAACCCAGUAUGGAACGCCUCUGAUACUGUUACUGAAGGCUGGGUGAAGGCUGAGCUGGCCAUUUCUACAUUCUGGCCGAACUCCUAUCAGGUAAUAUUUGAAGCGGUUUCAGUUCAAGGCCAUCCAGGUUUCAUCGCCAUCGACGACAUACGAGUUCUGGCUCACCCCUGCCGUAAAGCGCCUCACUUCCUGCGUCUGCAGAAUGUGGAGGUGAACGUGGGUCAGAAUGCUACGUUCCAGUGUACUGCCGGAGGGAAAUGGUCUCAGCACGAUAAACUCUGGCUACAGCAGUGGAACGGUAAGGACACGGCAUUGAUGGUGACCAGGGUGGUGAACCACCGACGUUUCUCCGCAACCGUCAGCGUUGGCGACACAUCGCAACGCAGCACCAGUCGCUACCGCUGUGUCAUCCGAUCCGACGGCGGGUCAGGGGUAUCCAACUACGCCGACCUCAUCGUUAAAGCUCCACCCACCCCAAUCGCUCCGCCUGAGCUUCUCACCGUCGGCGCCACUUACCUUUGGAUCAAACCCAACGCCAACAGCAUCAUCGGUGACGGGCCCAUUAUCCUGAAGGAGGUGGAGUACCGGACCACUCUGGGUAACUGGGUGGAGACCCACGUGGUGGACUCCCCAACCUAUAAACUCUGGCACCUGGACCCAGAUGUGGAGUACGAGAUCAAGGUCCUGCUGUCCAGACCUGGGGAGGGAGGAACGGGGCCGCCAGGGCCGCCGCUCAUCACCAGGACAAAAUGUGCAGAUCCAGUCCAAGGGCCCCAAAAUGUCAAUGUGGUGGAUGUCAGAGCCCGUCAGCUGACUAUACAGUGGGAGACGUUUGGGUAUGCUGUGACACGCUGCCACAGCUACAAUCUGACGGUGCAGUACCAGUAUGUGUUUAACCAGCAGGAGUUUGCAGCGGAGGAGUUGAUCCAGACCUCGUCACAUUACACCCUGAGGGGGCUGAGGCCCUUUGUCACUGUCAGACUGCGGCUGGUCCUGGCCAACCCCGAGGGCAGCAAAGAGAGCGAGGAGAUAGUCAAACAGACAGAGGAGGAUGUGCCUGGCUCAGUGCCAACGGAGUCUCUGCAGAAUACGCCCUAUGAAGAGAAGAUCUUCAUGCAGUGGAAAGCUCCAAACGAGACCAACGGGGCCAUCACACUGUACGAGAUCACCUACAAGGCCCUGAGCUCAUUGGACCCGAGCGCUGAUCUGACAACCCAGAGGGGACGGGUGUUCAAGCUGAGGAAUGAGACCCAUCACCUUUUCGUAGGUCUGUACCCAGGGACCACCUACUUCUUCACCCUCAAAGCCUCCACCAACAAGGGCUUCGGCCCACCCGUCACCACCCGCAUCACCACCAAGAUAGCAGCUCCCAUGAUGCCAGAGUAUGAGUCUGAGGCUCCGCUGAACGAGACAGAGACUACCAUCACUAUCCUGCUAAAGCCCGCCCAGUCCCGUGGCGCCCCUAUCAGCUCCUACCAGCUCGUUGUGAAGGAGGAGCGCAAGUCCAAGACCCGCCGCGCUGCCUCUGAAGCCCCCGAGUGUUUCUCCGCCCCCAUCAGCUUCCGCAAUGCCUCCGCCUUGGACUCCCCCUACUACAUCGCUGCUGAACUGCCGCCUUCCAGCCUCACGAUUGUACAACCGUUCACGGUGGGAGACAACAAGAGCUACGGAGGUUUCUGGAAUCGUCCUCUGUCACCGGCCAAGAGCUACAGCAUCUACUACCAGGCCAUGAGCAGAGCCAACGGGGAAACCAAAAUCAACUGUGUCCGCCUGGCUAACAAAGUGGUAAUAGGUAGGGGACAAAUAACAACGCCGUACAUUCUAGUCAUCCCAAGCGAAGGCGCGUCUACCCAGGACUCGGAUGCAAUGGAGCCAGAGAAGCAGGUGGACAGCACAGUGAAAAUGGCCGGAGUGAUCGCAGGGAUCCUGAUGUUCAUCAUCAUCCUCCUCGGCGUCGUCCUCACCUUCAAACGCAGAGAGAUACACACAUGGAGAACUCUAAGCGUGGGGAAGUUGGCAAAGAAGCAGAAGGAGACCGCCAGCAGCUCCACCCAGCAGAGGGAGAUGGGUCCGGUCACCACGGCUGAUAAGAGCACCACUAAAGUCAGCACCCUGCACAAAGAUGACCCCUUUUCCACGUCCAACCAGGACCUCAAUGGAUUCACCUCCCCCUCUCCCUGCUCCUUCUCCGUGCAGGGAAGCAAGACGCUGCAGAGCAAAUCCCUGCUGAAUUCCUACUACUCAGUGUCUAAAGAGCCAGUUCCAGCCACAACUUCUAUAGACAGUAGCCAGCCGUCACUCGCCCAGCCCUCUCUGACCCUGCAGAGUUUUCCCUAUGGAGGCUGUGAGUCCGUGGAGCUCUCCUACCAGAGUGGUCAGUUCCAGGCAGGCCAGUUUCAGCCAGCUAUUCGAGUAGCAGACCUCCUCCAACACAUCACCCAGAUGAAAUGUGGACAGGGCUAUGGUUUCAAAGAGGAAUAUGAGGCCCUGGCAGAGGGACAGACGGCGCCCUGGGAAACGGCCAAAAAGGACGAGAACCGCAACAAGAAUCGCUACGGCAACAUCAUCGCUUACCCCACAGACGAUCACACCAGAGUCCGACUGCAGCUGCUGGACGGAGACCCCCACUCUGACUAUAUCAACGCCAAUUACAUUGAUGGGUACCAUAGACCCAGACAUUACAUCGCCACACAAGGACCCAUGCAAGAGACAGUGAGGGAUUUCUGGAGGAUGGUCUGGCAGGAAAACUCGGCCUCUAUCGUCAUGGUUACCAACCUGGUGGAGGUGGGCAGGGUGAAGUGUGUGCGUUACUGGCCGGAUGAGACCGAGGUUUACGGAGACAUCAAGGUGACGCUGAUAGAAACUGAACCCCUGGCUGAAUACGUCAUACGGACAUUCACCGUCCAAAAGAAGGGUCAUCAUGAGAUCCGUGAACUGCGUCAGUUCCAUUUCACCAGCUGGCCCGACCAUGGCGUUCCCUGUUACGCCACCGGACUGCUUGGCUUCAUACGACAGGUCAAGUUCCUCAACCCACCUGAUGCCGGGCCUAUCGUGGCACAUUGCAGUGCCGGUGCAGGGAGGACGGGCUGUUUCAUUGCUGUGGACAUCAUGUUGGACAUGGCAGAGAACGAAGGCGUGGUGGACAUUUUCAACUGCAUCCGAGAACUGAGAUCACAACGAGUCAACAUGGUCCAGACAGAGGAGCAGUACGUGUUUGUUCACGAUGCCAUCUUGGAGGCGUGUCUAUGUGGGAAUACAGCCAUACCAGUGUGUGAGUUCAGAGCCAUUUACUACAACAUCAGCAGACUGGACCCCCAGACCAACUCCAGCCAGAUUAAAGACGAGUUCCAGACUCUGAACAUAGUGACCCCUAGAGUCCGUCCAGAGGACUGCAGUGUCGGUUUGCUACCCAGGAACCACGACAAGAACCGCAGUAUGGACGUCCUGUCAGCGGACCGAUGCCUGCCUUUCCUCAUAUCUGUGGACGGAGAGAGCUCCAAUUACAUCAAUGCCGCAUUAAUGGACAGCCACAAACAGCCAGCGGCCUUCAUUGUUACCCAGCAUCCUUUGCCAAACACCAUGGGCGACUUCUGGAGGCUGGUGUUCGACUACAACUGCUCCUCCAUAGUAAUGCUCAAUGAGAUGGACGCAGCGCAGUUGUGUAUGCAGUACUGGCCAGAGAAGAGCUCGUGUUGCUACGGUCCCAUUCAAGUCGAAUUCAUAUCGGCAGAUAUCGAUGAAGACAUCAUCAACCGAAUCUUCAGGAUCUGCAACAUGGCCAGGCCACAGGACGGUUACCGCCUGGUGCAGCACUUCCAGUUCAUCGGCUGGCCGGCCUACAGGGACACGCCUCUCUCUAAACGCUCUAUCCUCCAAUUGGUCAGGAGGUUGGCCAAGUGGCAGGAGCAGUAUGACGGAGGAGAUGGGAGGACUGUGGUACAUUGCCUUACCGGCGGAGGGCGUUCUGGAACGUUCUGCGCCAUCUGCAGCAUCAACGAGAUGAUCCAGCAGCAGAACAUCGUCGAUGUUUUCCACACCGUCAAAACGCUGAGAAACAACAAGACUAACAUGGUGGAGACUAUGGAACAGUAUAAGUUCUGCUAUGAAGUGGCUCUGGAGGCGCUCAGCUCCUUCUGAUUGGCUGUGGGCUGAAAAUUUGCUUUUUCUGAUUCCCCGUUGACGCUGCCUGGCAUUCUCAACAUAACGCUGGGAUACACAAAGUGCAAAACUGCUUUGUGUUGACCCAAACCCAACCUGUGAGCAUGUGUGCCUGUGUGCGUGAGUGUGUGUUUGAGAGUGUGCGCAUGUGCUUCUAUGUCAAUAAGAGAAGGCAUGCUUGCAUAUUUGAGUGUACGUGUGUGUAUCAAUGUGUGUGCCUAGGACAACACACACACACACACACACACACACACACACACACACACACAACCUGUACAGAAGAGUAAAAAAGGGACAAACAUACACACCGGUGAUCUUCAUGUGUGUGUUCGCUUCAGCGAGACUGUGAACUUUACAUGCUUGUACAAAGAAAAAAAGAAAAAAAAGACGUGUUGAAAAAAAAAAAUAUUCAGAUGUUUAAAAAAAAGCGCCACUUUUUCCUUCUCUAUCUCUCUGUCCUCUCUGCUGGGCUGUGAUGUGACUAUUGUACAGUAUUUCCUUUUUAGAUAUAUUCUACGCCUUGAAUGUUGUCUCCCUGUGGAGGCUGGAUGCACACUGGAAGAUUUUUCACAUUUAGCUGAAGUCCAAGUGAUGCCUCGACUCUGCAUUUUGGACUCCAAUAUUUUCUCCCAGAGUAUUUCUAGAAAGUAAACAAGCGUGUUUGGCUGACUUUAGCUAAUAUGUUGUUGAUGUUGCUGUCGAGGAUUCAGUUAGCUGGAUCAAAGCGAAAAACCAACACUUACUGAUAUUUCUGGCAUUUUCCUUUGAAAUCACAAGCUGAUACAUUUCCUUGUGGCUGGGGCUUCUUGAUUGCCUCAAUGUUAAAUGCUAAUUAUACUUGUAAUGGGUUACAAAUGGUUCAUUUCCAUCAAAGGAUUAUGACUUUCUUUUGACAUUUUGGCUUUACUAGGAAAAAAAUCUUACUAGCUAGUGCAUGCUGAAGAGUAACAGCAUUUAACAGACAAAAGAAAAGAAAAAUCAUGCCUUGCCCUUAAGACCAAAUGUUGUUGUUGUUGUUGUUGUUGUUGUUGUUAUCUCUGCUUCAGGUUUUUUCAUUGGGGCUGUAAGACAAAAAAAAAAGGUUUUUGGAUGGCAUCAUGCCAGUUCUCUUAAAAUCUUAAAGUGUGCAUCCAACCUCACUGUAAAUAAGAUAAGACAACCACAGUCAAACAAAGAAACAGACAAACAUCAUGCACCAGACACAUUACAAAUAAAGGUUAUCAUUUCAAAACACUGUUGCUCUUAAAAACUGUCAGUGUCAUUUACAUCGACUUGGUAUUAUAGUUCGGAACAAAGUCUUAUGUUGCUUACUACAAACUGUCUAUUGACACAUGUCCAAAAAAUAAAGAUAUAUAUUUUUGCAUGUUGCACAUUGCACACAGCUGCCACCCACAUCCAGAGUGACUUAAUGAGGAAGCAGAUUGCAAUCAAGUGUUAUCCUUAAGAAGACUUUUCGAAUAAACAUGCCUGUUUCGAUUGAUGGGUACAGGACACUUGUACACACAACCAGGUCAAACCUGCAUCUCGUACUCACAAACAUACUUGCUGAAAAUGAAAAAUAUCCAUACGGCCAUUCCAGACUAAACAAAAUGUAACUUACUCUACCUUUUUUUUGUCCAGUUGGUUUAUGUGGUUUUGUAUACUUUCUGUGACUUCAAACUCCUGAAAGGACAAUGAACAAACUGGGACAGAUUAUUUACUAAAAUAAUGACUCGCCCAUCCAUGUUUACCUUUGUCCCUCCUCAACUGUAGGCAAAAGCAAUCAAUAUGUUUUCAGUACAGUGUAGCUUGUAGUUUUAUAAAGUUAGAGCUGCAUUUUGUUGGUUUUUGAUGAUUUGGACUUUAUCUGGGCUGUGAAAAUUGCGUAUUUUUCAUUUAUUUUCACUCAUACCAAUUGUUUUUGCACCUUCUCUUAAUGUGUGGGUAUCUUUAAAUAAAUAAAAUAUAUAUUUAAAUAAAUAAAAUAUUUCACUAAUGCAGCUUAGUUGAGCAGCAUCAACAUGGAAGAAAGGAAAACGUAACAUUUUUUCCAAUAUAUAAUGGUAUCAGACAGGCAUUAAUAUCUACAAUAAGAUCAUUCAAAUGAAUUCAGAAAUGAGUUGCAAGUCAGAAUUUGACAUAAAUGAUUGCAGUGUAAACUUUACCCACUGACAGUAAUUAAAAAGAUGGACUCAUUAGGUUUCCUUGAUUAAUAAGCCAUGCUAUAUUUCAUGUAAUACAUUCUGGAUACAUUUCAGUGAAAAAGAAGCCUAGGGAUCUAGGCUCUUGCCUACCAUCUAUCAUUAAAAUGACAACACAAAGACAAAGAGACAGGUCGUAUUUGUUUUUCCUCUACAAACAAAGUCUCACAUUUGCUUCUCACUUAACCCAUUGAGGUGUGCAAAUUUAAAAAUCUCUAUUAAAAAUAGAUAAUGAUUUCAGUUGAUGAUUGACCCCAGGGUGAAAGAUGGUCAACAUGGCUGACAUGUGUUGGAGAGUGGGAGUUAAUGAGAAUUAUACAGGAUGUGACACUGACUUCAUUUUCCCAGUUUCUCCUCAUCUGAUCAUGACUUUUGACAUUUUUCUUCCUCUGUUUUUCAUCUAAUGAUGCAAAACAACAAGCUAUGUUUUAAAGACACAAUCCCUGUUUUUGUUUUAGCACCCUCUGAACUCUGCGGAGUCAAAAGAACCGUGAUAAUAUUUGUUGGUACUUCGGGGGACUAAGGCAUAGUCACCGUAUAGUCUGACGUAUAAAGUAUGGCCGACACCAGAUUAAGGCUUCAUUUUCAAAAAAACAUGGAUCUGUUUGAGAAGAAUCAUUGAAACUAAUGACCAAAGCAAUUUUGUGAAUCAAUAUCAAAAAACCCAUUGGUAACCCAUAAUGUGAUUUAUGUUAGCCAUCAAUUCAUACCAGUUUGGAAUGAAACUCCACAUUUCACAAAGCUUAAGGUCUCUGGUGAACAUUUGUUUAGUUAGUAAAGUUUGCUCUUAGGUCUCUUGGCCAGAACCGGCUUGUGGCAAAAUGUUGUGGCAAACUGUUCAGUCUGCGCUUAUGUUUUAUUUUGUUGCUGGGGUCCAGUCAGGCUCAUUAAUGGACCUAUUAAGACAAAGACUGUAAGAGUGUUGUAUUGAAGACAAUGUGAAAGCCAGAAAUAUUUAGCAUUAUUGUUUCCACUAAGGCUUUAUUUUUAUUGGCUUGGUUCAUGGCCGUUCAUCUGUAUUAUAUUUUGUUUGUUUACUUUGGGGAUUUUUUUUCUGUCCUGAAUUUGUACAUUUCUUUUGUAUAAUUAUUAUUCUGAUGAUUAUUUGUCUAGCAAAGUGUUGUUUAGAUCUGGUGAUGCCAUUGCCAUUGGUUGUUUAGUUGUUUGAAAUGUGGUUAACAUGAAAUAAAGGGACCAAAAUGUUGAA